GUGGGUAUUGAGGAGGGCACAUUCUGCAUGGAGCACUGGGUGUUAUGCACAAACAAUGAAUCAUGGAACACUUCAUCUAAAACUAAUGAUGUAAUGUAUGGGGAUUAACAUAAGAAUUAAAAAAAAAAAUGUUAUCCUGCGGCAGUAACUUUGAAGAAAGUUUUGAGCUUGAGAAGCUUUAAUAACUGCUUUUAAUGAGAUGCCCUCCAUGCUUGGGUAGAAGAACAUUUUUGGCAGCUGGAAACGCUCCUGCUUACCAGUCUGUCACAGAUGGCAUGUACCAUGGAUUGACACCACUGAGCAACUCUCUUGGGAAGAGCAUUUUUGCUUCACAGCUCAGCCUGCCCCAGCCACUGGAUCCACGGAGCCUACAGGCAUCUAUGCUAUUCCCUUGGAGAACAUUUCUGGAAGAUGGAGGACUGUUUCCAGUUAUGAGGAGCAGCCCAGACACCCUAGAAUAUAAUAUGCAGCUGUGCCUCUGUAGGCUGAGCGACCCUGACCUUAAGGUGGCCCAUGGAGAGCUGGUGGGCAUGCAGCUGCUUUUGGAAGAUGUACUUCUGAGCAGCAAUCAUAUGAUCAUGGAGGAUCCCUCCAGACAGCAAGCCACACUGGAUAAACACUCUCAAGCAAAUUUGUCCAGAGUGCCAGGAUUCAGAAGUCCAUUCCAAAGCAGCCCAAAAGCCUCCAGGCUGCUGAGGGGCCCAUGCAAUGCAGUGAUGUCCCUUGCUUUCCUGAGAUCAUUUCUGGUGCUGUGGAAGCAGCUGGAAGUGCUAAAGGAGCACUGGGGCCGACUCAAACUGCAAGGCCAGGACAGCGAUUCUGUCUCCUUCCACAAACAGUUCUCAGAACUCUACGGAACUGACAUUCUUUACCCCAGCAUGAAAGCUAUAGCUAGGCGGAUGGGGAAAGAAGAUGAAUUCGAAGGUAUUAUAAUAAGUAGCCGGUCUAUUCUUCCCCCCAAAGGAGCUUCAGAAAUUGAAAUAAAAACUGAACAGCUUCAGAAACUUCUGGAAAAUCUUGAAAUUCAUCUGAUCCAAGAAGUAUUAAGAAAAGUUAACAGAGAGAGAGCACUAGCAGUAUCAGAAAAAGCCAAGGAGCAGGGUGCUCUCCCUACAGACCUUUGGAAGCACCAUGUCAUGAAAGAAAACUUUUCUGUUAGCAGACCACAGAUAGUUGAAAAUUUUAAACAGAGAUUAAUGGAAAAUUACCAGGAUGGUGGACUAGAGAUCACAUUCAGGAAAGACCACCUUGAGGCCUGCCUCCUUUCCUUGGGUUGUGAUGUGAUGGCGAGAGAACGCAGCAACUUCGAGAGCUACUCCAUGUGUUAUGAGCAUGUGUUGGAGCAUGCUAGGCAGAAGCUCUGUCAGAAAGAGCAGGAAUUAGAUAUUAUCCGAAGAAGUUCAGAUCCACUUGAAGACAACGCUGGUCAGGUUGCAGAGCUCAGUCAUACUAUGAUCAUGGAAAUCACUGCUCUAAGAGCUCGACUCACAGAUUUGGAACAGGAGAAUCUGAAUCUCAACAAGCAGAUUAGAAAAGAAGUCCAGGAAGAAUAUGAAGACUUAGUCCGAGCUUUGUUUGCGACGUGUGUGCACAUAAAAGAAAAGCUGGAUGAGAAUCAGAUUAAUUUGACCCAGAAAGUGUGUGAGCUCAUCGGUGAAGUAAGAACAGAAGGGAUCGACAAUUUGAAGGGCCUAAAGACAAAAUGGGGUUCUGCCAGACCUGAUGAAGGAAUGAAAGAAAACCCAGCCAAAGAGCAGCUGCAGGCCUUGGAGCAGGAGAGCAGCAGCCUGGCUGCACUGGUGUGCAAAGUGAGGAGCCUGGGCCACUGGAGGCUGGCUGUGCAGCAGGCUCGCUUGCAGGGCCAGCUGAACAGGGCAGAGAAGGAAGCUCUGCAAAGUAAAAAAGAGUGCCUGAGCGUCCAGCUAAUGGCAGAACAAGAAGUGGUUUUAUUUCGUCAACAGUUACUGGCUCUAAGGCAGGCCCUCGCCAGGGCUCAGGCCGACAACACCAGGAUGCACGAGCAGCAGGAGAACCAGGCUCAACUGCUGAGAGAGUUGCAACACCGAGCAACCCAGGAGGCUCGCCACUGGCAACAGAUGGAUCUAAUGAAAACCUCCAGCAUGGAGAAGCUCUUGGAAGACGUGGAGCAAAAGGAACAGCACCUGCAGCUCCUGACGGAAGCGUCCGAGAGGGCUUCCAGACUGGGCCAGCUUCAGCAGAAGAGAAGUCAGCGAGAACUCCAACAGAUGAGAAGCCGGCUUGCCCAGGAGCGCAGUGUGAAGCUGGAUGCUUUCCAGCGCGUACAAGAGCUACAAAGUCAGCUUAAUGACGCCGAGCGAUCAUCUGUCCAGAUGAGCUCACCAGGCGGCCUUAUACCUUGGGCUCAGUAUUCCCUACGUUCUGCGCCCACAUCAUCCAGACACUCACAGCAACACCUUUUAAAGACUAAUCUUAUGAGCAGUAAAAUAACAAGAAGGAUUCAAAGGCCAGACACUGUACCUAUUAAACACAAAAAAAGGUCUGACAACGUCUUUCUACCCAGUGUGGCAGAAAAUGUUCAACAUUUAGCUUUUCAAAUUCGCACAGCUCCAUCCAUAAUCCCAUAAGGACCUGACUGGUAAUCAUAUAUGCUUUUCCACAUUUUGUUUCCUUGAGCAUUUGAAUGAAUAAAAAUGAUUCUAACCUCCAUUAAAACUUUACCUAAUUUUUAUUAAAGUACUAUGAAGAAAGUGUGGAAGGACUGAGAUGAUUAUAUCCGAAUGUCCUGGGUGAGGUAGGGUUUGGCCUUAGGUUUUAAGAACUUAGAGUUGAUCCACAUUUCUACAACCUAGGCCUUGCCUUUGGUCAAGCAACAGCCUCUCAUUAUGGGUUCUAGAUUGCUGAUGAGGUGGUGGGAACCAGGAGAGAGGGCAUUGGUGCUAAGCAGUAUUUAUUAGCAAGUGAAAAACCAGAACAGAUUAAAUAAAUUUCAGAGCACUUAUUUCUAUUUGUUUCACUUAAAAACAUCAUCCUCUCUUAACAGUUUUUUAUCCUUCCUACAAAUACUGAAACCCUCUUCAGACUUUUGUAAAGUCUUGAUCCAAGUCUUAUUGUUCAGACAAGGAAAUGUAUCCUGGGUAAAGGAAUAAAUAGGUAGAUGAAUGGAACAGAACAGACCAGAGAAACAUCUACAUACAUAAACUUAAAUAUGAUAUAUAUAGCUUUUCAAAUUAAGAAUAAGGUUGAGUCUAUUUGAAGUAGAAAAAAUUGUCACUUACACUAUACAAAAUGAAUCCUGAAUGGAUUCAAGAUCUAUAUGUGCACACACACACACACACACAUGCACAAGGACAAACACAAACUUAUUUCUGAAAUAGAACAUGAAAAACAAAAGCUAAGAGGAAGAUCGAUGACUUUGAUGUCGAAGCUAAAAAUUCAGCAUGACAAGGUAUGGUACCAAUUAUUAAUUUAUGCCUCUCAGCUCUAAAUUCAUUCUUGUCUGCUGUGAUAUAAUUAAUAUGGACCCUGUAAAUAUUUCUUCUUUGCCCACUGCAAGAUUUUAAGCUCUGUCAGGAGAGAGUACUGGAGGGACUCAGGAGAAGGAGGUUCUGGGGUGCUCCUCUUGGCAGGCUCCUGCCAUGUCCAUGGCUUCUGUAGCACCAGGCUUCAGUGCAGGAAUGCUCAGAAGAGCAUGCAGCUUCCUGGUGGAGGGCCACUGGCAUGGCGCCUUCUGUGAAGGGCUUUCUCCUCCUGCUCCCCUUCUGUGAGGGCUGCUUCCCAGCCUCAGUGACCUUCUCUGCCAUCCAGUGAGCCUUGGUCACACCCUCUCCAAUGAGGCCACACCCUCUCCAAUGGAUGUCAGCUCUGGAGGGUAGUUGGCUGCUCACUAUAUCUGCUAUCCCUAUAUUCUUCAGAGCUCUCUUUAUUGCUUCCCAGUCAAUCCUCCCAUUACUUCAACCCCUUGUUAUAGUUAAUAAGCCUUUAUAUUAAACUUUCUCACAAUUUGAUUACUGUGUGGUUUCUAUCUCUUAAUUGGCCCAUGAAUAAUACAGAACUCAUACCAGUAGUGGAGUGGUCUUAGGGGACAGACUCACAAAGACGGGGUUUGGGGAUUUGUUUCAUUGCACCCUUGGGCUUGAACACAGUGCUGAGCUCCUUGACAAUAAGAAAUGGAAUACUAGUAAUCCUUCGCAUGCAGUGGCAUGACAACUAACCAAGUUAUUACCCAUGGUUGAUUGUGAUGCAGCCUACUGAAGCAUAUGCCUUGGGAGCCUAAUUUGCUACUAUACUGACUCUCAUGGCAAUAAUGACCAUAAAUACUGGGGUGUGAGAUGGACUUUCUUGGAUGCACUUUAUUUAUUUAUUUUAUUAUGUUCCGUUAGCCACUGUAUAUUACAUCAUUAGUUUUUGAUGUAGUGUUCAAUGAUUCAUUUGUUGCAUAUUACACUUUAGCACUUACAGAAGAAAAUGACAAGCUCUGGUCCUUUAAUUCU